GACUGACUAGUUCUCAUCUGUUGAUCACAGUUAACUUGGAACGUCAAAACAAGGGAAGUUGUCAGCUCUGCUGCUUGCAAAGAUAAUAUCCCUGCAGCCCAGGCAGCAAUUGGAAACUUAGCAGUGGCAGGAAAUAUUCUGGAAGGAAACUAUAAAAAUGGAUUUUACUUUUAUUCUUUCUCAGAAUUAAAAAUGAAAAUAAAAACCACCUUUUAAUAAGCUUUUUGGUCAGCUAAAUAUAUUCUUCCAUAGAUUCCUACUUUCUGGGAUUCUGUAUAGUAAAGGACCUCCUUUACCUAAUUGGAUCUAUAUUAUUGCUUAUAAGUAGGUAUCUUUUUUAUUUUUGUCUACAACUACAGGGAAAAGUAUGAAACAACAGCAGUGAAAUGGGGGGAGGAACUUCUCAGCAGAUAGCAGUAACCAGGUUUUUGCUGCAAAGAAGCCAGAGAGCUGGGCUGUAAGAAAUAUCCAAGGGGUAUUUAACAUGCCUAUCUGUAUUGUUUUGCUACCAACAGUAUGUUAUUGAAGAAGAGAUGCAGAUAUGGACCACGGAAGGUUUAUUUUCUCUUGUUGUUGCUGGUGCUGGGUUUUCUGCUGCUGAUGGUCACAAUUCUGAAUCCACCAUCCCGGGACCUGCACAAAGAGGGGACAUCUCAGCCAUUAAAGGUCAGCUCCAGAGAAGGGUAUCAAGUGGCAUUUCCAGAAACCCAAGAAAUGUUGGAGACUCAGGAGGAGAGCCAGCAGUACUAUCCCAUGGAGGGGUUAUCCCCUUUCAUCUCCCUCCGAGAAGACGAGCUGCUAGUGGCCAUUGAAUCACCCACAGCCAGGAGAAACCACAGCAAGGCUAGGAAAGGAUACCGAAUGGUAAAACAGCAGAGGAAAAGGCAGGAGGAAAAGACUGAUGUCAAGCCAAGGAGGGACCAAGAGUCCCAGCUCAUGUCCUUUUCCCUGCAAGAUGCAGAAGAGGCUGAUGGGGGUGAGCAAUUGGCAAUCUUUGGCCUGGAAACUCAUGGCUUUAAUGAAGCGCUCAGUGAGCGGAUUUCUCUGCGCAGGGAGCUGCCUGAGGUACGGCAUCCUUUCUGUCUGCAACAGGACUAUGACCCCAAUCUGCCUACUGCUAGUGUCAUCAUCUGUUUCCAUGAUGAAGCCUGGUCUACUCUCUUGAGAACUGUGCACAGUGUUAUGGACACAGCCCCGAAGACCGCUCUAAAGGAAAUUAUCCUUGUCGAUGACCUCAGUCAACAAGGGCAUCUGAAGUCUGCCCUGAGCGAAUACAUCUCCAAGCUGGAUGGUGUGAAAUUGAUCAGGAGCAACAAAAGGCUAGGUGUCAUCCGGGGUCGUAUGCUGGGAGCUGCAAGGGCAACAGGCGAUGUGCUGGUCUUCAUGGACUCCCACUGUGAGUGUCACACAGGCUGGUUAGAACCCCUGUUGGGCAGACUAGCCACUGACAGAAAUCACAUCGUGUCCCCUGUCAUAGAUGUCAUCGACUGGAAGACUUUUCAAUAUUAUCGCUCUGUAGACCUGCAACGAGGUGGUUUUGAUUGGAAAUUAGAUUUCCAUUGGGAGCCGCUGCCAGAGCACGAAGAGAAGGUACGCCAGUCUCCCAUCAGCCCCAUCAGAAGUCCUGUGGUGCCUGGUGGAGUAGUGGCAAUGGACCGACAUUACUUCCAAAAUAUUGGCGCUUAUGAUUCCGACAUGACUCUGUGGGGGUCAGAAAACCUAGAAUUAUCUUUAAGGGCCUGGCUCUGCGGUGGUUCUGUUGAAAUCCUUCCAUGCUCACGGGUGGGGCACCUCUUUCGAAAUCAUAUCCCACGCACUUUUUCCAACAAAGAGGCUGCAGCUGAGAAGCCAGACUGCAACAACCGCCUUCAACUGCAAAAGAGACUGGGCUGUCGAAAAUUUCACUGGUUUAUAUCAAAUGUAUACCCCGAACUCCACCCACCAGAGUACAGGUUAAGAUUCUCUGGCAAGCUGUACAAUACUGGUGUUGGCUUCUGUGCAGAUUACAGAUCUGCUUGGGAUGCUGCAGCAGGUCCUAUUGAGCUAUCUCCUUGUAGUGACAGUAUUAACCAGCAUUUUGAAUAUAACAGUAUGAAGGAAAUCCGGUUUGGUUCCACUCUGCAGUUUUGCUUUGAUGUCAGACAUGAGAAGGUUAUCCUUCAAAACUGUACUCAAGAGGCAGAAAAUAGCCCACAGCAAUGGGAUGUCCAGGAGAGUGGAAUGAUUGUCCACAUCCUUUCUGGUAAAUGUCUAAUGGCAGUGAAGAGUGAAGCUGAGAAGGACUUGUCCUUACAUGUAUGUAACAAGAAUGAGAAUCAGCUUUGGCAAUUUGAUCACUCACUUGUGCUAGAUGAGAGAUGACCAACAGGUCUAUGUAAAGACUGUCUCCAAGCCUCACAAUCACUUUCAUUUGGGGUUCAAGAAACACAGAUUCCUGCAUGCAAAAGAAAAUUGUGUGUGCCUGCAGUACUCUUCAGAAGAAGCAAAAAGACCUUGCUUAAAAAGUCUUGCUCAAGGAAUUGCAGCAGGUUCCUGAUUUAGCCAAUUCAAUCUAUAAAUUACUAUUUGUUCUCUUCAACCAGAGCAUAAAGUCCUGUGAGCAUCAGUAGUGACUCUGCAGCUCCACUGCUGCUGAAGUUAAGAAGUUUGCCAUUUUAUGGAAACUUAAAGACAUCUCACCAAAGGGUCUCUCUUUAGCAUAUUCUGAAAGUCUUAAGAAAACAGGAAGAUGAAUCUUUAUGAAGCUUUAGAAACUCUCACAAAGGAAGACCACUUUGCUAGGAUGAGAGUUUAGCCAAGCUGUAUAAUUUACUCAAUCCAUAGAAAACAAAGUAGGUUUUGUCUGUAUCAAAGUACAACAUCAUGACUUGUGUAAAUAAUAGUUAAUAUAUUCAUUUCCAAAUACACUGAGCCAAAUACUCCACUCUUGAUGAGAUUGCAGGGUGUGGACAAAUUAGCACAGAAUCGAGCUAUAUCUUGUUCUUGUUAAAAAUUCCCAUUGAUGUCAAUGGGAAUACAAUCUCUGCCUUUAGCCCAUUGUCUCUUUCUGCCUAAUCCACAAUCUAAAUUGUAUGGGAAAAUGACACCACAGAAAU